AUCAACUGAAGGAUUGCCACCAUACAGCUCAAGUUCCUACGACACAGUAAGAAACUAAGCCGAUUACGGUGUGUCUGUCACAUGCGGAAACAGCAGCUGGAGGUCCGGCACGUCAUCCUUUCCGGAGUACUUGCUGCUGAACGGGGAGAAAAAUCACCACACUCCGGCAGACUAAAACGCUCCGCUAACUGCACAACACAAUUAGGAAACCAUUCAGCCCUAGUGAAGCGCUCCAUUACCGUAAAAUCCAUUAUCAUCAGCAUCAUCAUUGGAAGAAUGGACCAAUGCCUGAGGAACCUGCAAUCCUGAAAGAAAAAGGACGAGCUGCUGCUGUGGUGAAAAUUUUGCAUAUUCCCAGUAAGGAAGCACCAUCUGCCAUCAUCCCGCGUUGCCCGCGUGCAUACAUUUCCAAUGCAAUUUGGAAUUGCUUUUCGCCGAAAAUAUCCCAAUCUGGGGCCACGUGACUAUUUAGCCCGCUGAAGUGAAGGGGAAAAAAUAACAAUACGAGAUAUGGAAGCACCAUUCAGGGAAGCGGCCAAAUGUGCAUAAUAGUAGCCGGGGUGGGAAGCCAUUGGUCUUGUUGUGUGAAAAAGUGAAUCGUUGGUUAUGUAGAUAGUAAACCGAACGAAAGCCACGUGGAAGAGAGGGUUAGAGCAUUAAUAUCUCAAAGUGGCGCUAGAAAUAGUAAAAGUGAAGCCCGCUGCAGAAGCCGAGCUACAGUGCCGAAACGAAGCGUAGAAAUGGGACACAUAAAUUUUGUGGAGCUCAAGCUUUUGUUGAAUAUAUUGUUUGUGGCCAUGCUGGUGAAUGGACAUGGAUCGCAAUCAGAGACACAGCCGGAGUUUUUGGCUCCGUUGGACAAUCUUACGGUGACACAGGGUCGAGAUGUGUCAUUCACCUGUGUAGUUAACAAUCUUGGACAGUAUAGGGUAGCAUGGAUAAAAUCCGACACGAAAGCAAUUCUGGCCAUUCACACUCACAUGGUGGCCCUGAAUCAGCGGCUGUCGGUCACGCACAACGGACACAAUACCUGGAAGCUGCACAUCUCGCACGUUCAGCUCAACGACUCGGGAAGUUACAUGUGCCAAGUCAACACGGACCCGAUGCGGCAUCAGUCCGGAAACCUCGAAGUUGUCGUCCCACCGGAUAUCCUCAACAGUAAUGAUCCGAACAGUGCCUCGCUCGAGGAAGGCGUUGCCAACGAAAACGGCAACAUUCAACUAUUGUGCCAAGCGGUCGGAGUUCCACUGCCGAAUGUCCAGUGGCGCCGGGAGGAUGGAAAGGACAUUGUGGUGCGAACGGAAGGGCGAGAGAAACAAGUUAUGAAAGCCGUCGAGGGCGAGAGAUUGAUCCUGAACCAGGUGCAGCGGACCGACAUGGGUGGCUAUCUGUGCAUCGCUUCCAAUGGAAUUCCACCCUCUGUCAGUAAACGAUACGAUGUGCAAGUCAAUUUCUCACCCAGCGUCAAAGCGGGCAAUCAGUUGGUGGCCGCCCCGGUCGAAAGUCACGUCAUGCUCCAAUGCAUCGUGGAGGCUUUCCCAACGCCCCUCAACGGGUGGUACAAAAAUGACGGGGUAAAGCUGUAUCAGGGAGAAAAAUACGUUAUCGUGGAGGAGAAGAUCAACGCUUUCACUUGGCAGCUAAACCUGACAAUAAGGCACCUGCAGAAGACGGACUUUGCUCCGUACGUGUGCUCCAGCAUCAACGCCCUGGGAAAGGCCGAUGCCCGGAUUCGGUUACAAGAGCUCCGGCUGCCGCCGAAACCGACCACAACCCCAACGCCGUACGUGCCACCGACACCGAAGCAACCUCGCCGGAAGCAGCAUCAUCAAAGCCACGGCAAAGGCGGCCACGAGGGCACCGGCAAGGGCUCCGGCCUGGGUGGCGGCAAUGGCUUUAACCGGGACAGCUACAUAAUCAAUCACAUCCAGGAGAACGACAUGCUCGGAGGGUUCGCCUCGGAAGUGCCCCCGAAGGGAGCCUACGGCAUCGGCCCGGGCUAUGGUUCCGGUGCCGGUGGAAUGUACGGCCCGGGAUCAAACCUCGGCACGGGUCCGGGCGGAAACGGCCUGGAAAAAGUGCGCAACACCCAGAUGCCGGCAUCGAUUCCCUCGCGGCAGCCACCCCACUGGAUACUGAACAGCAACGGUGCCACAACACCGAGGAGCAGUAGUCGAACAGCGGGGUCGCUCGUUUUGGGGGCGGUCGCCCUGCUAGUAACGCUGCUUCCCCGGUGGUGGACGACUGGGGCGACGGUGAGCCCUCGGUGGAGCGGGUUGAUGGUGACAUCGCUUGUGAGCAGCAGUUGUUCGCUGAUGAUUUAUAGUCUGUUGAUGUUGCUGACAUUUACAUGAAAUUAUGUCUACUGCUGUUGGGUGUUAUCAUUACACUGCUGUUAGGAUGCGUGUGUGCAUAUUAUCAUCAUUAUAAAUACAUCUAUAACUCUCUUCCUAAACGAAUAACGCGAUGGUAUGAACCGCCAGCCGUGUCGUUUCCCAACGUGAAUCAGCGGCGCUGCUCGAUCAGUGGAUGUCCUAUCAUCAUCGAUUGGGAACUCUCCUGUUUGUUGUAAAUAGUGCAAAUAUAAGAGCAAAUAUACAAGUGGAAACGAAUCGCUUCGACAGGAUGACGUUGACCCGGCCUCUGAUAUUUCGAAAAAAAAAACAGCGGCAGAUUGCGGAAUGUAACAAACACACUGUUGAACUGUUUAUACUAAUCACAACACAAAUAUUGUACGUUCCGGUGAUAAUCGAUGACAUCAAAGUAGAAAAUGUGUGUGUAUUUACCCAUGCAAAUAGCACACCGAGUGAAGUAGAUUUUUUUUUAAUGCGACCCUCUGGAUAGCGGCAUUGGUCUCUAGGAAAAUGUGUAAUUUAUCUCUGUUGAUGGCAUGUGUAAAGGUAGAAAAUGUAGACGAAAUUACCUGUGGGAGGAGGAUGUACAUAAAAGGUUGUUGAGCAGAAUCAGUCUUAGCUAAAUUAACAUACUUAUAAACCGAAAUCAAACAUGUUCAAAAUACAAACUAUUGAAUUAUAUCAUUUGGAAUUAAGGUAUUGUGACAUAAAAGUGGUUUUCUACAAAAAUAACAAAUUUUAAGCAACAUUAUGAGGAGCUGUUUGAGUGAGACAGAUGGAUGAGUGAGAAAGUUUAUAAAUAAAACAGAAAAAUCCAAUGACAAUAAAUAAUUUAAUUAUGAGAAUUGCUACAGAUAUGCAUUAACUACACAACUAUCAGACGUGAGAAGAUAUUAAAAUAUAUAAACAUCCAUUGACUAUGUAAUCAAAGUAUUCAGAUCAAAAUAGUUAAACAUCUAAAAGAACAGGUCAUACAAAGGGUAACCGAUUAAUAAUAAAAGUGAUUGAAAAUGUUAAUCGACAAGCAA